CGUUCUUGAAUCGGUUUGUUUUUACGCGUACAAAAGCAAACCGAUUAACGGAAACGUCUCAUAUAACACUAACAUUACACCGACCUAUAACGGAGUAAAACAAUUCAAGAUUAUAGCGAUCAAUCCUCUAGAGRUUAUUAGACGUCCACAAGUUGAGAAUCUGGUAAAAAACGGCAAAAAAGCUGCGACUUUUAAAAUCAUGUACUAGACAAAUUUUGACAUAUAACCGCCACAUCGAGAAAUCAAGCAAACCGGAACAGCUUUUAAUCGGCUUAAAUUUAUUGUCACGUGUCACGUAUUGCAAGGAGACGGAACGGCUCUUGAUAGAAGAUUGCGUCAGGCUCUCUCUCCUUUCUCGCUCCGCCCUAAAACCCUUCGAGAGAGCCUGAUACUCAGGCUAAAAAAUAUAUGGAUCAAAUUUCUGGAGGAGGUCGACGGUGAAUUGACCAUGUUUGGCAAACACUAAUAAUUUCUGAAAAAAGUCAGUCUAAAGGUAUUGAAAAAUGGCAAUUCUUCCACUUUCGAGUAGAGACAAUAUUGAUUAAUCCCUUAAAUAGUGAAUAAUUUUCAACAUUAUCGAAGAGCUCCAUGCCAUAUCCAUCGCGCAUGCGUGUGCUCCUUCUCUGUGACUCUGUUUUAUUACUUAGGGAUGAGCAUGAAAGAUCAUCAGACCAUCUGUGUAUAUUUCGGAAAAAUUUUUUUACUCAAAUUCAAUUUCACCUUUAAUUGAGAAGUUUCAAUAUAGGUUAACCUUAUUGAUGUAUCGUCUAAAAGCUAAUCAAGAAGUAAUUGGUUCCUAAGAUUAUUAAUAGGAAUAUGUUACAAAAGGAAAUACAUAGAUUGUCAGCAGCGUUUGGUAAUGAUGAGAGUCCUGCUUUUCAUUGAAUGAGUUUCAUUUAACGGAAAGUUAAAUAGCUACUUGUGAGGUAUACUUAAAGCUUUUGUUAAAUUGUCACUUCUAAAGCGUUUGCAAAUACUAAGCACAAUACGUCAGCUUACAACAUUUUUCUUUCUGGAAAUCUAAGUUAAGAAUCAGAACAAUUUAUCAUCUUUUGAAAGAUGAUGUUAGAGAUAAUCUUUGUCAUCGUGUACUGUAUCGCGUUUGUCUUCAAUGUAAUGGGAAACUCCAUAGUUAUUUACAUAAUUUGUCAGAAGCGAAAAACAUCCACAGACUAUCUGCUGUUGAACAUGGCUUUUGCAGAUCUUGUAUAUGGCGUUUUUGUUGUCAUUUUUUUGCUUGCUCUUUCUUCUUCAUGGUUCGCUCCCAAAUACUAUCACAUCGUUGUUGAAAGCGAAGUGUUUUGUCAUGUGUUCACUUCUGGUAACAUUGCCUGGGUGGCUUUUGUCGAUUCAAUCCUUACUAUGUUGGUACUGUCUGUUGAAAGAUAUUUUGCUGUUUGCCGACCUUAUAGCUUUAAAGAAUGUUUCUCCACAAGAAACGUCAAGUUAAUAGUGGUAGUGUCUUGGGUUUUAUCGGUUGCAAUCAUCGCACCAAGAAACAGUGGACAAAGCUGCAGCUCACCAAGAGGAGACACUGCCAAAGUGGUGUCUGUCAUUUCAGUUGUACUUUCAAUAGCUACAUUGGUAGUUCUGAUAGUACUAUCUGUUAAAAUCUAUGUGUCACUCUGGUGCAAGCACAGUACAAUUCAACCUUCAGAAAUAAAGGAGAUAAAAGAAAAGAAAAAGAAAAAGAAAGUAACAUUGUGCGUACUUGCUGUCACUGUCACGUACAUUGUUUGCUCUCUUCCCCAAUUCAUCUCGAAUGUCCUUCGUGUUUUUCGAAUGCCGGGAACCGAAGAAGAGGUGAUUAUGGUGCAAAUCACACUGCUUUUGACUUUUAUAAAUUCCGCACUUGAUCCCUAUCUGUUCAGUUUCCAAAACAAAAGAAUGAGAAUGCUUUCCAAGAAAAUCUUCAUGUGCAAGUCGAACAGUCAACCCCAAGUACCAGCUCCCGAACAACAGGUCCCUUAAGAAGUUACACCUCAAACGUUAUUAAGUCAGAUGACUUUGCACCAUUCCUCUGAACUUAAAACUACAAUAUUGUGAAUACUGUUUUAAUUGACUUGGUAUGGAAUGCACCAGGUAACAUAGAUAGAAAAAACAAACAAACAAACAAACAAACGUAGUAAGAUAUAUGGAUUAAUGCUUACUCUAAGGUACUAUAUUGCAGAGUUCUCAAUGAUAUGAGGACAACAUAUAUCAUUGCAUUGGUACUAGUAAAAAGGAAUGGAUUGCAAAUGAAUGGAUUUUCUGCAAACAUCGCAUUCCAAAAAAAAUUGUUGAACGGAAAUGGAUUUAUCCACAGACUGCGAUUAUUGACCGGUUAACUGGUACAUAUAAUACUACUGAAAAGCGUUGAAAACCAAAACGUCUCAAACAACAAUAACAGCAAAACGUUUGCAAUUUCGAUAAGGCUUAUAGGUUUGGUAGAAAAUUAUCAAUUCAAAUAUCAAUGUUCACUAAAUAUAUCGAUAUUAUUAUUCUAAUCUUACCGUUUAUUAAAACACACACUGCUUGAAUGUUAUAUGAACCUCAAAAUUGCAACCGAAGAAUAUGGUAAGGUUUAUUAUAUUUAUCAUUUGUACAGGAUUAAAUGAUUUGAGUAGUUGUAGUAUAAUGCGGAUCUUGCAUGAGUAAGCUCAGAUGAUUCAGUUUCUUGCGUAAUUGAUAGGUUGAAGUUGAGAAAUAAAAGAAAACCGCAAUAA